AUGUGCAUAUUAUAUAGCACACACGAUGAGGCUGUUGAAAUAAUACCAUCUGGUGAAGAAGAUGAAACAAAGGAUCGUGCAGAAAAUAGUUUAAAUAAAUUAGAAGUAUCAUAUAUUACCGACUUAUUGGUUAAAUGUCCCAAAUUUGUCGAAAUGAUACGUCAGUCGAGUAUAUUACAUGCUCAUCGUGGCAAGUCAUCCACAACAUCGAGCAGAAACCGCAAACACAGUUGUAAAACAACAAUGGCAAAUGGUAGAAAAGGAGCUCAGAGACAUCUACCACUAAGUUUUAACUCUGUUCGACAAGUUCCUCAUUUCGAAGCAGACUAG